AUGGUUUCCUUCUCGUGCGAGGCGUGCGGCGACGUCUUGACCAAGAAGAAGCUCGACCCCCAUCGAAAUCGUUGUCGAGGGGCUACCUUCACUUGCAUUGAUUGCAUGGUGUACUUUCCCGGUACCGAAUACCGCACGCAUACGAGUUGCAUCAGCGAGGCACAGAAGUAUCAAGGUGCCCUCUAUCGAGAGAAGAAAGCAAAGCCGGCGCCCAGCGGAAACAACCAAGCGGCGCAAAACGCCAUGGCCCACGCAGCCUAUGUCGAGGACGUCGCGGAGGACUACGAUUCAUGGCGGGAGUAUGAGCAGCACAGCGAUGACGAUGGCCACUCACCGAACCCCCCUCCGGAGGCGCCAACUCCUCCGUCCGCAGCCGAGCCGGUCAACGUCUUCGACUUCCUGGUUAGCAAUCCCACGCCAACCGCCUCCAGUCUGUCCCUACCUGCCACUGCUCCCAUCCAACACAACGAGGAGACAGCUCUUGUUCGUUUCGAUCCGGAGGCCAAUGGCUUGGACAGUGCUUUGGACGAUGACAGCGCCAUGGUUCAGUACGGUAGCGGCCCGGUACCAGUAUCCCAGUUUGAGACACCUGCGCCAAAGCCUGCGCGUAGGAAGGUGAAGGAUGGGGACAAGGAAGCCAAGAAGGAUAAGAAGCGCAAGAGGUUACACAUCGAAACGGACCACAUCAUGACCGACGCGCCGCCGGUUCUACACUCGGGACUGACCGGCGGCAUCAAUCGCUUGAUGUCCAGACCCAAUGUCUUUCCGCCAUCGCCCGAUUACUCGGGUAGCGGCGACGCCGCCGAGACGCCUGCUAGCCCCCUAAAGAAGGCCAAGUCCAAGCACCACAAAUCCAGCCGGACAGAAUCGCUCGGCAACAGCCUCAUGGCCAUGAUCUCUUCCGGGUCCAAGCCUAAAUCAUCAUCAUCCAAGAAGCGAACAAAGACAAAGUCGAGUUCGUCGUCGUCCAAGAAGAAGAAGCGUACCACUACCGCAGGAGCAAAGAGCCUAGAAGGCCCAAAGGAGCAGAAACUCCUCGAGUUCAGGCCCGGUUCCAAGGACGGAGAGACUGCCGCCGCGGCCGGCAGGGAAAUGGUUGUUUACAAGCCGCGCGCCGAGCACUUCCUCAGCUUUGUCAACAAGGGCCCCGACAGCGAGCGCGGGUGCAGUGUUAACAAGGCCCUAAAGCGCUACCACCGCGAGAGGAACGCGUCGGGCGUGAGCUUGAGCAAGCUGAUGGAGGAGAAGGAACUUUUCCGGUCGUUGAGGAUGAAAAAGAAUGAUAGGGGGGAAAUUGUUCUGUUUUGUAUCUCAGAUUGA